AUGCCUAUUUUAGGUCUAUGUGUUUUUCUUCACGGUGCUCUUGCUUUGUUACUUGGGAACUGGGAUCACCUUCGAAGUUGGAUUCACAAUGUAGCUCGUAACUCGUGGGCUGAUCCGAAUAGCCAGCCAAAUUUACAGGUCGACGUUUUUAAUCCCGAUUUUGACCAAAUUAAGCUGUUAAAUAACACAACAAAAUUUAGCGACGGAACAAUUCCGGCACUAAUUGGGAGAUUCCCGGCUGCGGCGGAGGGGGAUUCCCUCGCUAUCCCCGCCGUGGACCUGUCCCAACCCGGCGCCAAAACCCUCAUUGUCAAUGCCUGCAAAGAGCUGGGUUUCUUCAAAGUGAUCAACCACAGAAUCUCCAUGGAUUUCCUCACCAAAUUAGAAGGUGAAGCCAUGAAAUUUUUCCAAUUGCCGCCGCAGGAGAAGGCCAAAUCCGCCCCCCCAAACCCCUUCGGCUACGGCAGCAAGGUCACCGGCCCCAACGGCGACGUCGACUGGGUCGAGUACCUCCUCUUCUCCACCAACCCCGAACUCGCCUCCCGCAACCCUAACUCCGCUGUGUCGGGAAUCUCCCAAUCAAUGCGGUAA